AUGCAACCUUUACUGGUGAUUAUUAAGCAAAAACGACAGGAAAAUCCUCUCCUCAGGGCAGUCAGUUUAGGAUAUAAUCCUGAUGUUAUCGUCAACUUCCUUCGGCCUUAUCAGAUUGGGAUCAGGACGCGAGAGCUUGACAGGUACAGCGUUUACCGAUUACGCCAUUUCACAUUGAACGAAGUCAAGUGGCACGUUUACCCAGAGACAGGGAUCUACACCAUCUUCAAAGGGCAUUCGGUAAUAGAUCUUACAGACUUCAUGAAAUUUCAUCCUGGUGGUAUGGAGAUUCUGCAGAGCGUCGCCGGGAAAGACUGUACACGUGAAUUCAAGCAGUACCAUCGAGUCCCGACGGGUUUCCUUGGUGUCACUACACAUGUCUAUUUCGAAAGGCUGCAAGUUGCGGAUCUUUCAAGGCUGUCAGGUACCGCCUUAAACGGGUUAAGGAGUCUCCUGGCAUCCGAAGAACUUGAAGAAUACUGGGGAAAGAAUGUGACGGCCCAGAUGGACACAGCAAGCCCGCCAAAAAUACUUUGCAGACUGUUUGAUACAAAAUGGCUUGUUGUCGCCAAGGUUGUCGCGCCAAUAGACACACUGCCUUUCAUGGACGAUCAAAUGUUGGCGCGCAUGGACGGCAAAGUUGAGCCCUGGGGCUUCCGUGAAUCCUACGUUUCUGACAGCAAGUACAUAUACAACUUGACUUCAUACCUCAGAUACGGAAAACCUGACGGGUACAAUGAGCUUUUGAAACCUCGUGCCGGAACAACGCUCUCCAACUCACCACAAGACCAAGAACUGAAGCGAAGGCUGUGGUCAGACUUCCAAUAUCGAAUUAUAGCACAGCAUGGUCCGAAUCAAGAUGCUGAUUUCGAUUGGAAAAGGUCCUUCAGGCCGAUCUCCGAAGAUGUGCCUGACUUGGAAGGUGAUGAAACUUCGAAAGUCACACCUGCUAUGUCAUUUGUUCAAGCUGCUGAAAAGGGCAAUGCGAAUCGUGCUUCAGACCAGAUUGUCCAACCAAUCCAGAGCGUGGCCGGCACGAAACGCAAGCAUAAUGGGCAGCUUAAGGUACAGGAAAAGAGCAUCAAGGCUGCUACUACAAGCCGUUUUGCACUGCCAGAACAAGUAGCUGCAGGCGUGAAACGGAAGAGCUCGCCGACUCCGGUACGGCCGUACAAAAAGGUAAUCAAAGAAUCUCGUGGCUCUGCUGGUGGUCCCUCGUCUGGGAUUGAAGGCUCAAGCAGAACAAGUUCAAGGGGAACAGAGAAGCCGAGGCAAGAAUGGGAGUGGAAGGACUUGUACAUGUAUCGGUGA